AAAAAUGCCCGUGUUGUUGGAUUUACUGUGACGGUGAAUGGUCGAUCGUUGACAGCAAGAAUGGGUAAGAACCCUGGAGAAGUCAUGUUUGAAGACGAAAAUAAUCUAAAGAUCCAGCACAGCGAUGACUUUUGGGAGGGAAGUGACAUACACGUAAUAAAGGAAACAGAUGACACCCGGGGAGAGGACCGCUACUUAAUCACCACCUUAGUUGGUGUCGAUGUAGUUUGGAAUGGAAAGUAUCGCAUUGAAAUCAGCAUAGAACCUUCUAUGGGCUCGGCUGUGGUUGGAAUGUGUGGCAGUGCUAACAACGAUUCGAAGGACGACAUUAAAACAAGGGGUGGAGAUGUUAUAUCGUCAGUGGAUCAGCCAGACAUCGAUAACUUUGCCAACACAUGGGAAGUCACCAACUCGUGCAACACUUUGUAAAAUCCCGAUUCCGGCAAGAAGAUGGCCUAGCUUAAUGACAACUGAAACUGUAUUACGUGAAAUGAAAUUAUAAAUUGUCGAGUGUGUUAGCGUUUCACAUUUCACGUUGAGAAACAUAUGAAUAUUAUUAUUAAGUAGUAUGACUCCAUCUCUGUCCCUGUACUAUAUUCCAUAAUAACGACACUCAACCGUCAAAUAUUAUUGUAAACUUUCUGUAAAUUAUCAUUAGUAAACGACAGCAUAUAUACAU